UGGGGGUUUGAUCUGGGAGUCAGGAGUCCUGGAUUCAUUAAGUGGGUAGAAAUUCCUAGGAGAUCAAGAAAGAGCAACCAAUCUUGGGGUCAUCUGCGCUGGGUCUGUGUCUCUCCUCACAACACUGGAGCUGAGGGGGGUUAUUCCUUUGUGUGUCGUUCCUUCUGUGGCUCUAAUUUCUCUCCCUAGAGGUGAUCGUCCCCUGGGCUGAUCUCAUCCUCCGCUUGGACAUGUCCUGCACCCCUGUACAGAUGGUGCUGCAGGGGGUCCUUUGCUGAUGCCAGGCGAUCCCCAGGGAGAUACGGCUGUCCUCCAGCUCAGAGACGGGCCAUGGCUGCCCAGGUGGUUCCCCCAGCCUCUCUCAGGCUCCAGUUCCAGCCCCCACCGGGAUAUGGCCUGGUUCCCAAAGAGGAAGUGAAGGAGCCAGAUGCCCAUGGACCCGUCGACAUGGAGAUGCAUCGUCUGCGCUUCAGGAGGUUCCGCUACCAGGAGGCUGAGGGGCCCCGGGAGGCGUACGGCCACCUCUGCCUCCUCUCCCGGGCGUGGCUGAGGCCGGAGCACCGCUCCAAGGAGCAGAUGCUGGACCUGUUGGUGCUGGAGCAGUUCCUGGGCAUCCUGCCCCAGGAGAUCCAGAGCUGGGUGGAGGGGUGUCACCCGCAGACCGGGGAGCAGGCCAUGGCGCUGGCAGAGGGUUUCCAGUUAGCCAAGCAAAAGCCUGGAAUAUGGCCACAGCAGAAGGAGACAGUGACAUGGGAGAAGGAGGCUAUGUGUUCCUCCGGGGCAGAGCAAGCAGCGCUGUCCCCCGAACAUGGCAAGAUCUGCAGGGAGAUUAAGGAGGAGGAGGAAGAGACUCCGAUCUCGCCGGCAGGUGCCAGCACAGAGGAGGGGAAUCCCCAGCAGGAGGGGUCUGUGGAAGCGAAGACACAUGGGACGUCCCAGAGCGCCAAGCAGGGAGAUGGUGGUGGGGCAGGACCGCAGCAGGGAGACCCCCUGAGUAAUGGACUGAACUCAUCCGCUGAGCAUGAAAUGAGUUUCUCUGGCCUCAAGACUCCAAUGGAGGGGAGACUCGAUCGGUCCGACUGCGGGGGUGAGAACCAAGGUGGGGCGUGUCGGCCACGGGGGGACCCUCCGGCUAAGACCCCCAAGGCCAGGCGCCCCAACGCCUGCGCCAUGUGCGGCAAGACCUUCAGCAACAGCUCCAACCUGAAGAAGCACCAGACCACCCACACCGGGGAGAAGCCCCACGGGUGCCUCCAGUGCGGCAAGCGCUUCAGCCACAGUUCCAACCUGCGCAAGCACGAGCGCACCCACACCGGCGAACGCCCCUUCUGCUGCCCCGAGUGUGGCAAGAGCUUCCGCGAGAGCUCCAAGCUGCUCCGUCACCAGAACACCCACGGCCGUGAGCGCCCCUUCCGCUGCGCUGAAUGCGGCAAGGCCUUCGGCGACGUGGCCCGGUGUCUGCGGCACCAGGCCCGGCACACAGCGCGGGCCUACGCCUGCGGGGAGUGCGGCAAGAGCUUCCGCCAGAGCUCCACCCUGCUGCUGCACCAGCGCGUCCACACCGGAGAGAAACCCUUCACCUGCCCUGACUGUGGCAAGAGCUUCAGCGUCAACGCCAACCUGGCGCAGCACCGGCGCACCCACACCGGUGAGCGACCCUUCCCCUGCGCCCAGUGUGGGAAGCGCUUCACCCAGAAAGCCACCCUGGUCAAGCAUCAGCGCACCCACCGGCGCGGCGAGGGGGCUGGCGAUGCCGCAGGGCCCAGGCUGGUACAGCAUCUGCGGUUCCUCCCGGAGCAGGGCCCUUCACCUGGCCAGAUGUGGGCGAUGCUGCGGCUGCAGCUGGGUGCCCGCUCGCCUGUCCCGGGGCCACAGUGGAGGACUGGGGACAUACCUAUGGGCUGGGCCCAAGAUUCGAUGGCGCAGCCGGGCAGCCCAUCCCAGGAUGACGUGGAGCAAAAUACACCCCUGACAGCAGAGAACCAGUCGCCUGCUGAGCAUCCAGAGGAUCCCGAAGCACAGCAGGAAACAGCAGGUACUGGGACGGAGGAGGAAAUUCCCCUGUGGGAAGGACCUGGAGAAGCAGAGGUGCAUGAGCCAUCCCAGAGCCCCAAGGGCGGGGAGGCUGGUGAGUUGGGCCGGCAGAGGCGGGUGAAGCGGGAUGGCGAAGUGGCCCCGCCAGGCCGCUUCUCCCGCGAGGGGCCCAUCAUCUGCGGGGACUGCGGGAAGAGCUUCGCCAAGGACUCGGAGUUCGUCAAGCACGAACGCACCCACACGGGGGAGCGACCCUACCAGUGCCCCGACUGCGGGAAGGGCUUCACCAACAGCUCCAACCUCCUGCGCCACCAGCGUAUCCACAGCGGCGCCAAGCCGUACCCAUGUGCCGAGUGCGGGAAGAGCUUCCGCCACAAGGAGCAUCUAACCCGCCAUGGCCGCGUCCAUGCCACGGAGAAGCCCCACGUCUGCACCCACUGUGGGGAAGCCUACAGCAGCCGCACCAACCUGCUGCGGCACCAGAGCAGCCACACGGGGGAGCUGCCCUACAGGUGCCCCGAGUGUGGCCGGCGCUUCGGGGAGGCGGCGGCGCUGGCGGGGCACGCAGUGAUCCACAGUGGGAAGCCCCACAUCUGCCCUGAGUGCGGGAAGGGCUUCCGGCGCGGCUCGUCGCUGCGGGAGCACCAGCGGGUGCACACCGGGGAGCGGCCCUACGGCUGCCCGCAGUGCGGGAAGGGCUUCAGCCAGCGCUCCUCCCUGGUGCUGCACCGGCGCACCCACACCGGCGAGCGCCCCUACGUCUGCGGCGACUGUGGGCGCAGCUUCAGUGUGAGCUCUGCCCUCAUCACCCACCAGCGACUGCACACCGGGGAGCGCCCUUUCCCGUGCCCGGAGUGCCAGAAGCGCUUCAGCGACCGCAAGGCCCUCAAGCGGCACCAGCGGGUUCACACCGGGGAGCGGCCCUACCGCUGCACUGACUGCGGCAAAGGCUUCAGCCAGAGCUCGGCGCUGGCCACCCACCAGCGCAUCCACACCGGGGAGACCCCAUACGGCUGCGGGGCCUGUGACAAGCGCUUCGGAGACCUCUCAGCCCUCAAGCGGCACGAGCGCAUCCACACCGGGGAGCGGCCCUACCGCUGCAGCCAGUGUGGGAAAGCGUUCAAGCACAGCUCGGCCCUGGCCCAGCACGGCCGUACCCACACAGGAGAGAAACCCUAUGUCUGCUCCCAGUGCGGCAAAGCCUUCUCCCAGGGCUCCACCCUCAUCCAGCACCAGCGGGUGCACACCGGCGAGCGCCCCUACCCUUGCCCCCAGUGCGGGCGAAGCUUCUCCCAGGGCUCUGCCCUCACCCAGCACCAGCGCACCCACACAAAGGAGAGCGACCCGCUGACAGGGCCUGGUGGGGCCCGGAUCUACCGGGACCCUUUCAUCCAGCCGCGAGAUGAGGACGACGAGGAGGAUGGGGUGGGGGAGGUGCUGGUGCUGCCUCCUGGCACAUGGGACGCGGAGCUGGACGUGCAGAUCAAAGAGGAGCCGGACGGGGGGGCGGAGGACAAGCCGCUGCCGGAGCCCCGCGAGCGGCAGGAUCUGGAUCGGCCUGCCCUGGGCGAGGAGGGGAGCGGGCUGGCACAGGAGCUGGUGGUCGCUGCGGCUGGCUACCAGGCGCUGGUGGGGUUCGAGGAGGUGGCCAUGUAUUUCUCCCGGGAGGAGUGGGGGCUCCUGGACGAAGGGCAGAGGCAGCUUUACAGGGACGUCAUGCAGGAGAAUUACCAGACUCUGAUCUCGCUGGGCUUCCCUGUCCUCGACCUGGCUGUGAUCUCCUGCAUGGAGCGAGAGGAAGAGCUGAGAGUCCCUGAUCUCCAGGGCUCCAAGGAAUGGGAGCUCCUGAGAGGCGCCCACAUAGGUGCCGGGAGAGAGAAGGGGAAGUCCCAACAGGAAGGGGCUAUGGGAGCGGAGCUGAAUGGGACGUCCCGGAGCCCUGAACGGGGAGAUGGUGGCAGAAAAGCACGUCAGCAGGCAGAGAAGGAGCCAGGGCGCAGGCGCAGGAGGGCAUGGCCCGUCAACUGUGGGGACUGUGGGAAAAGCUUCAUGAAGAACUCAGAGUUAAUCAAACACCAGCGCACGCACACGGGUGAGAGGCCCUACCGGUGUCCUGAUUGCGGGAGGUGCUUCGCCAUCCGCUGCACCUUGGAUCGCCACCAGCGGAUCCACACCGAUGAGCGGCCCUUUCCCUGCACCCGCUGCGGGAAGAGCUUCAAGCUUAGCUCGUCCCUGAGCCGGCACUGGCGUGUCCAUGCUCAGGAGGGGCCCUGUUUCUGCGCUGAAUGCGGCAGGGGUUUCCGGCACAGUGCUGCACUGAUCCAGCACCAGGCUGAGCACCUGAACCAUGGAGACCCCACCAACGGACCUGUGCGGACACGGGUCUACAAGGACCCAUUCGUCCAGGCAUGGGACCUUGAGGGGGAGGCUGGUGGGAUGUGGUAUGCUGAACCUGUGAAAGAGGAGAAUUUGCACCGGCUGUCCAGUCCGCAUGAAAAGGGGAGUGAUGGAGGGCAGGAUCUCCUGCCCCGGCUCCUUAUGCCCAGCUUCCAGGUGGCGGUGACAUUCAAGGAGGUGGCCGUGUGCUUCCGCAGGGAAGAGUGGGGAUUCCCUGUCCGUGACCCGACCAUGACCUCCCGGAUGGAGGGAGGGGAAGAUCCGAGGGUCCCGGAUCUCCAGGGCACUGAGGAAAAGGAGAUCUCGAGAGGUGCCAGCACAGCAGGUGCCGGGACGGUGAGUGAAAACGAAGAGGAGAAUCACCAGCGGGAAGGGCCUAUCGGAGUGAAGCCACACGGGAUGUCCCAGAGCCUCAAGCAGGGAGAGGCCAUUGAGAGCCAGGGUGGGGCGGGGCUGGGACAGGGGAAGGCCCAGGCUAAAUCCACACCCCAGGCACGGCACAGGCGGGUGGGCCGUGUCAUCUGUGGCGACUGCGGAAAGACCUUUGUGAAGAACUAUGAUCUCUUCAAGCACCAGCGGGUCCACACAGGAGAGAAACCUUACAGCUGCCCUGAAUGCGGGAGGAGCUUCGCCUUCCACUCCACCCUCAGCAAACACCAGCACAUCCACACCGGCGCCAGGCCCUUCCAGUGCGCUGAGUGUGGGAAGAGUUUCCGGCAGAAAGGCCACCUGACCCGCCAUGGCCACAUCCACGCCGGGUUAAAGCCCUACGUCUGUGCUCACUGCGGGGCAGCCUACAGCAGCCGCACCAACCUGCUGCGCCACCAGAGCGGCCACACAGGGGAGCUGCCCUACAAGUGCACGGAGUGCGGCCGGCGCUUCGGGGAGAUCGCCGCCCUUGUGGCACAUCUGGUGGCGCACUCCGGGGAGCGGGCCCACAAGUGCCCCGAGUGCGGGAAGAGCUUCCGACGCGGCUCGUCGCUCACGGAGCACCGGCGGGUGCACACCGGGGAGAAGCCCCACGUCUGCCCCCAGUGCGGGGAGAGCUUCAUGCGCCGCGCCACCUUCAAUGACCACGUGCGUGGCCACUCGGGGGAGCGGCCGAACGUCUGCGACGUCUGCGGGAAGAGCUUCACCAAGCGGCACUCGCUGCUGCAGCACCAGCGGUCCCACACCGGAGAGAAGCCUCACCAGUGCCCCGACUGCCCCAAGAGCUUCAUCGCCAGUUCCGCUCUGGUGCAGCACCGCCGGAUCCACACCGGCGAGACACCCUACCACUGCGAGGAGUGUGGGCGCAGCUUCAGCCAGCGCUCGGUGCUGACCACUCACCGGCGGCUGCACACCGGCGAGCGGCCCUACAAGUGCGGCCAGUGCGGCAAAGGCUUCAGCCAGAGCUCAGCGCUGACCCAGCACCGCCGCACUCACACGGGGGAGUCACCUUAUGGCUGUGUCCAGUGUGGCCGGAACUUCAGCGGCAUGUCAGCCCUCAAGCGGCACCACCGGACCCACACCGGCGAACGGCCCUUCCGCUGCGGCCAGUGCGGGAAGGGCUUCAAGCAGAGCUCCACGCUGGUCCAGCACACCAGAAUCCACACGCAGGAGAGGCCCUUCUCCUGCACCCAUUGCGGCAAGAGCUUCAGCCAGCGGUCAGCUCUCGCCAAGCACCAGCGGAUUCAUGCCAAGGAGAGCGGCAGCUCCCACGAGGCCGUGGGGACGCGGUUCUACAAAGACCCCUUCGUUCAGCCGGGGGAGGGCGGCACCAAGCCCGAGGAGGUGGUGGUGGUGCUCCCGCCGGGGACAUGGGAUUGUGAGAUGCCUCCCCGGGUGAAGGAGGAGCCGGGGACACCCCUGCAGAUGAAGGAGGAACCGGAGCUGCCUCAGCAUAUUCAUGAUGGUCCCUAUCGGGUUAAACAGGAGCAGCCGGAGCUGCCACAGGAAAUUAAAGAGGAGCCAGCGCUCCCCCUGCAGAUUAAAGAGGAGCCUGAAUGAAGGGAAGAUUUUUGAGAGGGCUGGAUUGAGGGUUUGGCCGUUGGAUGGUGGAAUAGGAAUUAGAUGAGGAGGGGAUUUUUCCAGGGACACUGAGCCACCCACCUACCAAGACAGCCGGGAACAAGAUGGAGGGGUCAGAGCCCAGGAUGUCGGAAUAAAAAAAUGAAACACAAACUUUAUGAAGGAAAAAUGUAAAGAGCAGAUACAUCCUGCUUCAAAGGGGUCCCAGGCAUCCCCUCCUCACUGGAGUUGGCCAACAAAGUGCCCUAGGUUGGGAUAGUUUUCCCCCUUCCCGACUUGGCAGGGAUCAUUAACCCUCCUAGGCCCAGGUUGGCUCCUAAUGGUAGAGCUGUAGCAUUUUCAGCCUUCGUAAUGGAGACCCCUGGCUGUGUGCCACCCAUGCCUAGAUGAGAGUGAAAAAAUGCUUUUCAUCAGGGGUUUUGUGUGUUGGUUUUCUCUUUCUUAUUUCUCCUCGGUCAAUAAACAGGAUCUUGGUGAAGAC